AUGGCGGACUUCCUGCCGUCCCGCUCCUUUUUAACGGUUUGUUUCUCCAACUGUUUCCUCACAAGCGGCGAGGCGGAGCAGCUGCGCAAAUCCAAAGAGAUCGACAAGUGCAUUAACCGCGACAAGACCUACGUCAAACGGCUGGUCAAGAUUUUAUUACUCGGAGCGGGUGAGAGCGGAAAGUCGACUUUCCUGAAACAGAUGCGAAUAAUUCACGGACAGGACUUCGACCAGAAGGCCAGAGAGGAGUUCAGAGCCACCAUCUACAGCAACGUCAUUAAAGGUAUCCGUGUGUUGGUUGAUGCUCGGGAGAAGCUGCACAUCCCAUGGGGCAGUCCGUCAGCCCAGCAGCAUGGAGACAUCAUGAUGGCCUUUGACACCCGUUCAGUGAUGUCUCAUGGUCACAGUAUGGUGGAGCCCAAACUUUUCCAGCACUACUUGCCAUCCAUCCAAGCCCUGUGGGCUGACCAGGGAAUCCAGAGCGCCUACGACCGCCGCAGAGAGUUUCAGCUGGGAGAGUCGGUGAAGUAUUUCUUGGACAAUUUGGAAAAGCUCGGACAGUCGGACUACGUCCCCAGCCAGCAGGACAUUCUCCUGGCAAGAAAGCCAACCAAAGGUAUCCACGAAUAUGACUUUGAGAUCAAGAACGUACCCUUCAAGAUGGUGGACGUGGGUGGGCAGCGCUCUGAACGGCGCCGCUGGUUUGAAUGUUUUGACUCUGUCACAUCCAUCCUCUUCCUCGUGUCUUCUUCAGAAUAUGACCAGGUGCUGAUGGAGGACCGGCAGACCAACCGCCUGAGUGAAUCGCUGAACAUCUUUGAGACCAUCGUCAAUAACCGCGUGUUCAGUAAUGUGUCGAUCAUCCUGUUCCUCAACAAAACAGACCUGCUGGAGGAGAAAGUGAAGCAGGUGUCCAUCAGAGACUACUUUCCUCAGUUCUCCGGAGAGCCAACCAGCCUGGCAGACGUUCAGCAUUUCCUGGUGGAAUGUUUCCGUAAAAAGCGCCGCGAGCAGCAGCAGAAGCCGCUCUACCACCACUUCACCACGGCCAUUAACACCGAGAACAUCCGGCUGGUGUUCCGCGACGUCAAAGACACCAUCUUACAUGACAACCUGAAGCAGCUGAUGUUGCAGUGACGCCACUGACCAGCAGGCGGCACCAUGCCACUGGAGACAGUCUCUGUGACCUUUGACCUUUGAAAGCAGCACUACUGUGGUCUUCCUGAGCUGGAUCACCGUGACUCACAGAGCCCCUCCCAGCUAAACCACUGACCCUGCCGAGGCCACCAACUCUGGAUUUCUCUGCUGUUCUGCAUGGAUUGAGGGUGGGGCUUAUCUGCGCGGAGGGCGCUGUCGGUGCCAGGUGCUUGUUUCCAUGUCAGUCCUUCUGCUCGCCACCAACACUCGCUGAUUAUGUCAUUGAGCUGGUGUGGUGACUUCCUUUGACAAGAGUGGAGCAGGAAGUCCAAAGGCAACUUCACCCUAGUUUUGAAACAUUUGACCCUUUUUGUUUGUUUAUUUUCCUGUUCCAUUAGAUUUAAUCUACUCAGUGUAACGGUGCCAUUUGUACAGUUUGUUUUGUUGGCGUUUACACACAGCCAACUUCUGACUGCUGAUGGAUUCUGCUAUGGCCAGCCAGGGGGCAUGGGUAGGGCUAACGGUAGCACACUGUGUCUCACGGCACAUUUGUGAGCCACGCCUACUGUCCCGACACACGAAUGGCGUAACCCCACCCCUGCAACCAUUGUGUGAUACCCGGGUUAACACAUUAAUGUUUUGUUCUUAUUUAUCUUUUUGUUGUUUCGAGUUGAAACACAUCCGUCACUAACAAAUAAUCUGUGCAUUAAAAAUGACAUCUGUCUGCCUCCA